AUUCCCGCGUAUUUUCACUCCAUGGAGACUAUCAACAAUAUGGCGGACAAAGUUUAUGUGGAAUAGAAAGGCCUUUCAAUGUUUUCAAAGAGGUAGAGUGAUAACAAGAAAAUGGAGAUCAGUCGCUUAUUGAGUGAUCCCACGGAGGAAGAGGAGCCAAUCAGUAAGCAGCUGACAAUACUCAUAGAACGCCGUAAAGCAGGCGAGAAACGGAAAGCACUUGGUCAUUGGGACUUGCUAAGGAAAUCUGUCAGGAAGACGAUUGAUGCUGUAAAGGAAUCGGACCUAAAAAACAAAAAUGUGUCUCACGGAAUUCAUCAUCUGCGUAAACUCAACCACAACCACAGUAUUAAGUCUGUUGCCUUUAUGAAGGACAGAAAAGAAUAUUUGACAACAGAUGGGGGAAAUGUAUGCAUAUUUUUGGAGGAUGGUCGUAAAAAAGCUACUUACACUCCAGAAGAAACCAUGGACACAAUUAUUUAUUGUUCCCAAUCCAAUCAGUUUGUAGGUUACACCAAAGGAGACGAUGAACUCUUUCUGAUGAACAAUGAUUUUGAAAUCAUCUCUCAAGCAAGAAAUCCCUGCAAAAUAAAUUUAGCCAAGUAUAAUCACAACACAACUGAGUUCAUCACUUUUGGACCAGGAUAUUUUGUGUGUUGGGCUUUCCGCUAUGGUGCCAGGCAUCUGAUUCCUCGAAAGAUGAACAAAAUCACGUUCACAACAGACAAUGCCUUCUCUCAUCUUGUUCUGGAAGAAACAGCGAGUCGCCAGCAACGCUGUUAUCUAUCUCACGGCAAGGAUGUUGUGGUUUACAAUGUGUUUGAGGGAAAUCAACUAACCAUGAAAAAAGAUCUCCAUGAACGUAUGAUUACAGGAAUGACGUUUUUCAAUCCUUUGAAAUAUUUAAUUACUGGUGCUAAAGAUGGAUCUAUCAAAGUGUGGGACAAUGAAUGGUACCUAAAGAUGGUGUUUGUAGGCCACACGAGAGCCAUCACUGUUCUGUGUGUGUAUCCAGACGGCCCCGCCAUUGUAUCUGCUAGUCAUGACUGCACGGUCAGGGUGUGGAACCUGGAUUCCUGUGACGAGGUGGACAGAGCCAAAUUAGAUGCACCAGCCAUUGGAAUGGCCACUGAGCUGAAUUAUUUUGUGUUUUUCACUUAUUCGUGGAAGACGGUGGACCUCUGGAAAAUCCAGCACCUGUUUAGAAUCCACACUUCUAUUGGACAAAGAGUGGUAGCAAUAAAACAGACGAGUCACCCUCAUCAUCUGAUCCGAUCCCUGGUGGUCAGUCGGGAUAGUAGUGUCCGACUCAUUACUCCGCCCAACGGGGAGGUCCUCACCACACUGUUACUAGACCCAGCCAAGGGAAUUGUAGAUGCAGCUUAUGCAAUCAAUGAAGAGAAAUUAUUUGUGGUCCUAAACACUGGAGAUAUCCUGAAGUGCUCUACAAAAACCAAUCCUAUCACAAUUGAAAAGACAUGGCGGAUUCAGAACCCCAGAGAGGCUUGUAACUAUCUUCUGGUGUAUGAAUAUGUCCCCGACUUCAAAGCUGAUGCCUGGGCGGCAUUCAAACGAGGUUUAGCGACAAACACGAUAGGUGACAAUAGCACUCAGACCAGCCAUGCCAAAACCAUUCUCCUAGGUGGAAGGAAGGAUGGUCACAUAUGUGUAUUCGAUUGGGAUGACGGGAGAGUUAUUUUCAGCAUUGAUGCACAUGGAGUAAAGGGAGUGCUGAGCAUGAAAGCCAACUCUAAACAGGACCAAUUGAUAUCAGCUGGCAAAGAUAAUAUCAUAAAAGUGUGGAGGCUGUACCCUUUCGCAGAGGAGGCACUAGCUCCACUGAUGUCAUUUUACUGUGCUCACACCCCUGUCCACAUGACCAUGCUGAAGACCAAUUUGUGUGUGGCAUUUCAGGACCAUGCGACUGCAACAUACAAUAUUGUCAUUUACAAUCUCAAGGACAGAAAGGAGCUUCAAGAAGACGAUCAGGAAUAUCGCUAUGACCACCAGCCAGACGAUGACCACACAGACAGCAUCACUGGUCUGACCAGCUGCCAGAGAAUGAAGCUGUACGCCUCGUCCAGUUUGGACGGGACAAUUAGAAUUUGGGAUGAAACCAAUAAUCUGAUCAGACUUCUGAAGUUGAAGACCAUGCCUUACAGUGUGGGAUUCUGCAGUGAGCGAGGGGAUCUCCUUGUUGGGAUUAGUCAUCACUUGUACAAAAUCCCAUAUACUGAAUAUUUGCCGAAAUCCUAUAUAUUUAAGAUGGUGUCCAUGAGAUUUGCAGACCCCAAACCUGAGAGUCCUUUCUCUCUGGAUGAAAACCAAGUCAAUAAACUCUCAAAGAGGGAAUAUACUCGCCUAAAAAAGUCGCACUCUUCUUUCAAGUACAAUCAGUUUGAAGACAUCUUGACAAAAGAAGAAGAAGAGGAAGUGAAGAGAGAGCAGAGGAUUAAAGAGGAGGCAUUUUCCAAACUGAAGGCAAGAGAAGAUGAGCUUCUGCAAAUCAAGGACAGCCUCAUCAAGGCGGAUAGGACGAUCAAGGUUGACAAGAAAAAGAAGGAAAAGAAAGAUGUCCACAUCAACAGCGAAGCUUUCAUCAACUACUUCAAGAUGUACUAUGACAAGGAAAGACCUCAGGUUCCACCAGAAAAUCCGUAUGCGUUGGAGGACUUCCUGAGCAGAGGUGUUUUUGAUGAUGCGGAGGAUCAUUGGAAACCGGAGAGGGAACCGACAGGAUUUUUUCCUCCUAUCAACAAAGCGUCCAGACCAGUCACUGCCACAGAAGAACCUCUCAUGCCUGCCUACCAGAGUGCCACGUCAAGUGGUUUUGUGCCAAAUUCUGUCUUGGUUAAAAUCCUAUGGCCUCCACCUCCAAAACCAGAAAAAUCUCAAGAAUCUUGGCGUCCUCCAUCAUUGUCUCAAGGUCAAAUAGACGAGAUAGAGAAAGAAAAGCAUAGGUGGGCCCGGUUAUUAGGUGUACAGGAACCAGAAGAAGAAGAGAAAGAAAUAACGGUAGACGACCUGGUGAAUGCAGACGAAGAAGAGCACGUGCUCAUCAUUGAUGACUGGGCAGACGAAAAAUCACCACUACAGAGUCCGGUGCCAUCCAGCGGUACUAGGACUCCUGCUUAUACCCCUCCUAGAAAGGAGGUCACGUUCAGCAGGCAACCAACUGUCCAUGUUAUAGACACGCCCCCUAAAAGCCCCACCCCUCCAUCUACCUCCAGACAAAGCUCACUAAUGUCUAGGUUCAAUGAGAUGAUGACCAAGAAAGAGGAAGAAAAGGAUGAUGAUGAAUCUACCGUAACCAUGACACCCCGCUCACCUAUUGAAACGGAGCCAUCAGGCACACUUAAAUCUCCGAUGAAAUCCACACUCCCAGAAAAACCUCCUAGUGAACCUAAACCCCCCUCAGCACCCCCACCCAGGAAGGAAAUUAAGUCCGUAAAGCCCGUCGUGAAAUAUACCAAACCAUCACCGCCAUCAGAGCCCCUGCCACCAAAGCCUAGGCCGGUGGCACCACAGAGAGAGCCCACACCACCACGUCCGGAGACACCACUCCCUGGAUUUGUCACGCAGUUCAAGGGAGCGGAAUGGUUCGAGAAGUUCUUUCCUGAUGCUGGGGAAACUAAUAUUCCCAAACCCUGGACCGCUGAUAACUUCAUGAUGACCUUAAGUAGACUUCUGCGAAUUGCGGAGUACAUGCACAAAAUCGCAGUCACAGACGCUAUGGCCAUGAUAUAUACCCAAGAAGAUAUCGGAGAUGGAACUGUCAAUUCUGUAUCCAAGCAUCUCAUUGGAGUCCUCAACAACCACAAGGAUCCUCCGACAUGUCUCGUAGAGGAGCAGAAGAAUUUUAUCAUCUCAGCUCUCAGGGCAAUGAGCAAAUUUGGGGUCAAGGACAAGGAAUUUGUUACUGAGUUGAUGGUGCAAUUUCUAGAUGGAGAUAAGGAAGUCAGGAUGACUGUUACUGAUCUGCUGUCCGCUAUUGGAUUACAAGAUCCACAGAAGUUUUUCCCGAAAGAGCUGGACUCCUGGGAUAUUUGGAAUGUGGAAGAGGAAGAUCGGAAAGGAGAUCUGAGGAAGAUGUGUCAGCAGUGGCUCGACAGGUGGAUGACAUCUUACAAACUUCAUCUCACAGACACGAUUGAGAGAAUGACGAAAGGACAGAAUAUCCAUGGUAGGGUGAGGGGUGGUGGAAAGAGCAGAGGGACUCCACCACCUUCCAGCCGGAGUAUCCUGAAGAAACCCUCCAUAGGUGGUGGAGAUCUCAUUCCAGAAGACCAGGAAACCAUCACCACACUUCCUGAAGAGCGAAACUCUAGAAGCAAAAGUAUCACAGUUACAUUUGACAAACCGCCCGAUCCUGCGCUCAUUGAUACCGCCACGUGUAUCGAUGCAAUUAAUUACUUCUGUGAUAUGAUGAUGGAGAAAGCUCUUGAAUCACUCAAACGUGGAGGCAGGAAGCCACCUGGAGCCAAAGAGAAUGUAGUCCAGGCUAAAAACACCGUCCUUGUCUUGCCAAAGUUACCACAUAAGCCAGCCCUUGUGCGUCUGGGUGAAACACACACAAGUACUUGUAGACCCCAGAGGGAGACUAAUUUACAUGUUGACUACCGCUACCCUGCUACGACAGCUCGCGGAAACCAGCCAGCUCCUGGAGACAUCUCUCACUUCACGCCAAGCAUAAACCUCCCAAUGAAAACCCUAUAUAUCAACCCAUUCCCAAGUGCUAUUGAUGCCUUGAUGCCAAGUUACCAAGAACCUAUUCUGAUUACUCUGAAAUCAUCUCAGAAGUAUUUUAUUCACAACCAGUCCUACCUGCCCUCGGACCCCGCUGUAGCCCCUGCUCAUUGAAGGACAACAAGGCAGAUUUCACCAUCACCAGUUUGAGAUUAUUCUACUGUCAGUCCCAUAACAGUGUGUCACUUUGUUUGAUCGAGCGUGCAAAUUUCACUCACUGAUUGGCUAUAUGGUUUCAUAAAAGUAAAUUUGGAUGACAAACUAUGCCAUUCUUUCAAUGUGAUUGGUAUCUGAGAACAAAAGUAGAAACUGUUUCAUUGAAAUCUAUGAGAAGCUUCACCCAAGAUUUUGUGCAUUCGUUCAAGCAAGUGACACGCUGUUGCUGGACAGAUAGUAGCUUGAUGACUGUAGAAACACAACAUCAGGUUAUGCCAUUCUGCAUGAAACUGACUGUGGAUCCCAACAACUUAGAGAGAACGAUGAAGUCGUUGUACACAGCACCUUGCAUUUAAACUUAACAUGUUAGCUACAUAUCAAUAUUUCUAAGGUUGGUUUAUGUUUCAUGGGAUGGUGAAGAAAGAUACAAGCUUACUUGGUAAAUAAUUUUUCAUAUGUAUUUACUUUAUUGAUUAUCAGAUUCUGCUGAAAAUUAUCUUGCAUGUACAUGUAUUUAUUUGUUUUGAAGAUUUGAAGAAAGGUAUUUUUGAGAUAGAACUGCAAAGCCUUGAUUAAUCAGUUCUGCAGAAAAGAUUGACUUAUCUGUGAUACCAAACUUGAAGUUGUGAUUUGUUAAUUAGUGCAGAGAGAGAGAGAGAGAGAGAGAGAGAGAGAGAGAGUAUGAACAAUGUAGAGAAAUUCUUCACAUUGACAAUGUCUUCUACCUAUACUGAAUAUUUAUGGAGUUUGAGGACAAUAUUCUUAAUGAAUGUAUGUUGAUAUUACAUUUACCACAAUCUGUCAAUAAAAUUAUGAAGUAAA